CACCGCGUAGACAUCGUCUGCGAUCGUGAUGGGAACGAUCACGCGCGACGCACGAUCGUUCUGAGGCCAGUUUAGGGUGUUUAGUCGGUUCGGCUGGUGAAUCGAAAGUCAGUUGUUGGGAUCAUCGGACGAAUUUUUGGACUCGUUGGGAAGCUAUUCGUUCGACCAGGGUUGCGGUUAGAACAUGACUGAGGUUCCAUCAGCUUCGCGACUCGCGAGGGGCGAAUUUGCAGAAGAGAAAUCGAGUAUGGAAAAAUUCUGAAGACUUCGAAGACUUUCGAGGAUCCGUUGCUGUUGCGGAAAUAUUCGGAAUUCGUUGAUGAAGAUUUUGAUCGCGUUGCUUUAUGGUAUUUGGUUGAAGCGCGAGGGUAGCCUGAAUAUCGUCGAAGAAAUAGUAGGAGAAUGACGGAGGACAAGGAUAAGGAUCUGAGCGAGGUGUUGUGCGUGAAUAAUCAGGUGAAGACGGCAAAUGGUAACGAGAAGAGCGAUUCCGAUUUGUUGCAAACGAAAGUGUACAAGAAACGAUGGCUGAUGCUGAGUCUCUUCAUCCUGUAUACUGGGAUGAGCAAUUUCCAGUGGAUUCAGUAUUCUAUAAUCAGCAAUAUAGUCACCAGGUACUAUGGUGUUUCCUCGUUAACUGUCGACUGGACGGCAAUGUCGUUCAUGGGUUAUUACGUGAUUUUCAUCCUACCUACCACGUACAUGGUGGAUCGGUGGGGCCUUAGGUGGAGUAACAUUAUAGGAUGCAGUGUUACUUGCCUUGGCUCGUGGAUCAAAGUUUUGUCCGUCAAUCCUGACAGAUUUUACGUCACCUUCAUUGGACAAUCUCUAGUUGCUUCUACACAGACCAUAGUUCUAACAUUACCAGGACGCCUGGCAGCGCAAUGGUUCGACGCCAACGAAGUUUCCACGGCCACGUCAUUAAGCAUUUUUGGCAAUCAAAUGGGAAUAGCCCUAAGUUUUUUAAUUACACCGAUAAUCGUGAAAAAUCACGAGAGCCUAGACGAUAUUGGCGCAGGAUUGUCGCACCUCUUUUGGGGCGUAGCUAUCAUCAUGUCGAUCGCGCUUUUGCUAGUUAUUACACUAUUCGAAGAGGACCCGAAGCUGCCGCCAAGCAAAACGCGAGCCCUGCAAAAAUUAAAGCAGAUGGAGGUCGAGGAGAGCAUCAUACAACCGAUCAAAAGAUUAUUCAAAAACAAGUAUUAUUUAUUGCUCUGCAAUUCGUACGGUCUCAGCAUCGGGGUGCUGAACGUGGUAGGGACGCUACUGAACCAAAUAUAUCUCGCGCACUUCGAGCACGGUGAGGAAGACGCGGGUAGGAUCGGUCUGGCCAUGAUCAUUACGGGGAUGAUAGGUUCCGUCAGUUUUGGAGUGAUUCUCGAUAAGACGCAUAAGUACAAGGAAACGACUGUGAGCGUGUAUUUUCUCUCGAUGUGCGGCCAGAUACUCUUUUCCACGUUCACGUUCCUCGAAAUUAAAUGGAUGGUCUAUCUAUCGGCCAUUUUCCUGGGGUACUUCUUGGUCGGUUACGUAGCCUUAGGAUACGAGAUGUGCGCGGAAUACACGUACCCGGAGUCCGAGGAGAUAACGGCGGGAAUUUUGAACGUGGCUAAUAACGUUUACGGCAUUGUCCUUAUUCUGAUAAUGGGUCGAUUGCUGGAAGUGUACGGGGAUAUUCCGGUGCACGUGGGGCUUUGCACCACGCUGAUCAUCGGCUGUGUAACGACCAUGUUGACGAAGGACGUGCAAAGGCGUCAGGACGCCAAAAAUGGCAGCCAUUACAUCGGAGUUGAACAAAGCGACAAAGACAAGGAAUGCAACGGUCGAGAGAAGAAUUGACAUUGCAAUAACGAUUUCCAAUCUAUCGUAUCGAUUAAUUCUCUUUUCAUAUUAAUUCUGAAUUUUUGGAAUUUUUAGAAAGGAAAUUGACUUUCGUUCCUUUUCCAACACUAAAUCCUUCGAAACCAAACGAUCCUUUAUGGCAUGAAAAAUUGAAAAAUAAUAAUGUAGAAGCUGCGUUCAAGAAUUUUUUUCGAGAGAAGAAUUGACAUUGCAAUAACGAUUUCCAAUCUAUCGUAUCGAUUAAUUCUCUUUUCAUAUUAAUUCUGAAUUUUUGGAAUUUUUAGAAAGGAAAUUGACUUUCGUUCCUUUUCCAACAUUAAAUCCUUCGAAACCAAACGAUCGUUUAUGGCAUGAGAAAUUCAAGAAUAAAAAUGUAGAAGCUGCGUUCGAGAAUUUUUCUCA